UGUCGUUAAUUUUAUGCGACUUGACGAAUUUUUACUUAUGCCAACCAAGCUGUGGUGAAAACAUAUCUUUAGGUGCAAAUGCAAGAGAAUUGUAAAAUAUUAAAACCUUCAAAUAUUCUCAAGUAUACUUAACAACGUUGUAAAUAUUAUAAAUAAUCUUUAGGUGUAAGUGUAUUUAUUUAGGCGCGUUUAUUUACGUGAAUCUGAGUGAUGGAUAUAUGCAUUAGCAUAUAGCUAGCCAAUCAGCUAGCUACAUCACCUUAAGUGAUAAAACAAGCUUGCUGGACUUGGCUCCAAAUAACAUCGAAAAACGUCGCUGUAUAUCCUUUACUUUCUUUAAGUACGUCGAAGGGACUUCGUUUUUUCCAACCAGACCGUUUGAUGCGGGACAUACCGGACAGCACAUUCACUUCGGUAGUUGUCUUGGAUAAGAGCGGCUUUUCCUGGCGUUGGCGUUGGGUAUGAGUUCUGGAUAUGGGAACAGAAGAGGCCGCAGAGGCGGAGGGGGGCGGUUUGGGGAUGGAGAAGACGUCUGGGAUCGGUGUGCUGGACCGAGCGGCGGAGGAUACCAGAGCAACCCCGGCUGGGAGUCCAGGGAGGGUCAGGCACGAGGCGGAGGACGAGGGGCUCGCGGCGGCGGAGCACGGGGCAAGCACCCGCCGCACUUGAAGGGCCGCGAGAUCGGACUGUGGUACGCGAAAUGGGGAGGCAUCAAAAGAUCAGAGGCGGAGAGAAAGUCGCGCGCCGUCGUUCAGAUGGAUGAGUCUCGGGAGCAGCACAUUGCACAACUGCUGAGCUCGGUGCAGAGGGAGCCAUGCAUCUCUUCGCGGCAGCAGGUGAAGGAGGAGGCAGCAUGUGGGCACAGUUACUUUGACGGGGACGACCCUCCAGAAGGGCCACAGAAGAUGGGAAAGGUGGCGGAGAUGGAGCCGGACAAAAAGCAAAAGCAAGAGCAGGAGGAGGAGAAGGAGGUGAAAAUGAAAGCAAAGGUUGAGCCCAGAGAGAGAGACCUGGAAUACCUGUUUCAGGAUUUGGUUCGGAAGCCGGCACUGGAUGUGGAGCUGAAGAGUGACUUCCAGGCCAAAGCAGAGAAUCCAAAAUACCUGGAAAUGCUGAAAUUCAGAGAGACGCUGCCAUCUUACGGAAUGCGAGAGAGGCUGGUGAGCUUGGUGCAGGCGAGCCGUGUAGUGGUGAUCAGCGGCGAGACCGGCUGUGGCAAAACCACACAGGUGACUCAGUUCAUCCUGGACGACUACAUCCAGCGCGGGGCCGGUUCCCUCUGCAGGGUGGUGUGCACGCAGCCACGACGCAUCAGCGCCAUAUCGGUGGCAGAGAGGGUUGCGGCUGAGAGGGCGGAGUCUGUAGGAGAGGGGCGGUCCUGCGGCUACCAGAUCCGCCUACAGAGCCGGUUACCACGGAAACAAGGCUCCGUGUUGUAUUGUACCACGGGUAUUAUUCUUCAGUGGCUACGCUCUGAUCCGUGUUUGUCCAGCAUCAGUCACCUGGUCCUGGAUGAGGUCCACGAGCGAAGCCUGCAGUCAGACGUGCUCUUGGCCGUCGUCCGAGACCUGCUGCACUCCCGGGAAGACCUCAAGGUGGUGCUGAUGAGCGCUACGCUAAACGCCGAGAAGUUCAGCAAAUACUUCGACAACUGCCCCAUGAUCCACAUUCCUGGCUACACCUACCCCGUCGAGGAGUAUCUACUAGAGGAUGUGGUGGAGAUGCUCAGGUUCCGGCCACAACACCAGGAUCGGCGGCCGCGUUUUCCCAGGAGCUUCCUGCAGAACCAGUGGACGCGGCCCGAGAAGGAGGCCCAGGAGGCAGAGUACCGCCAGAGCUGGCCGUGUUUCGCCCGCAGCCUCAGAGACCGGUUCUCAGAUGACACCAUCGAAGCUCUGGAGAGGCUGGACGAGGAUGACAAGAUCAAUCUGGAUCUUAUCGUGGCGCUCAUUCGACACAUCGUGAUGAACGAGGAUGAUGGCGCCAUCCUGGUGUUCCUGCCUGGCUGGGACAAUAUCAGCGGUCUGAACGACUUGCUCAUGGCCGACCAGAUGUUUCGAUGUGAUAAGUUCAUCAUCAUUCCCCUCCACUCCCUGAUGCCCACAGUCAGUCAGACUCAGGUUUUCAAAAGGCCGCCCGCUGGAGUCCGGAAGAUUGUGAUCGCCACUAACAUUGCAGAAACCAGCAUUACUGUUGAUGAUGUGGUGUAUGUGAUCGACGGCGGGAAGAUUAAGGAGACUCACUUUGACACCCAGAACAACAUCAGCACCAUGGCAGCGGAGUGGGUGAGCCUGGCCAACGCCAAGCAGAGGAAAGGACGUGCUGGCAGGGUGUCUCCAGGUAAAUGCUAUCACCUGUAUAACGGUCUGAGGGCGAGUCUGCUGGACAACUACCAGCUCCCUGAGAUCCAGCGCACGCCCCUGGAGGAGCUCUGCCUACAGAUAAAGAUCCUAAAGUUGGGUCCCAUUGCGUCGUUCCUGAGGAAGACUCUGGACCCGCCAUCCGAAAAAGCCAUCGAGCUGGCCAUCACUCAUCUCAAGGACCUGAAUGCACUGGAUCGCAGUGAGGAGCUGACGCCGUUGGGCUUCCAUUUGGCACGUUUGCCUGUAGAGCCUCACAUCGGGAAGAUGAUUCUCUUCGGAGCUCUGCUCGCCUGCCUGGACCCUGUGCUCACUAUAGCAGCCAGCCUCAGCUUCAAAGACCCGUUCUGCAUACCACUGGGAAAGGAGAAGUUGGCAGACCAUCGAAGGAAAAUCUUGUCUAAGAACUCGAAGAGUGACCACCUCACCAUAGUCAACGCCUUUUGGGGAUGGGAGGACGCUAAGAGGCGGGGUUACAAGUGUGAGCGGGAGUUCUGCUGGGACAACUUCCUAUCUGCUAACACGCUGCAGAUGCUGCAUAACAUGAAAGGACAGUUUGCUGAGCAUUUGUGGGCUGCUGGGUUUGUGAGGAGUAAAGACCUUAAAGACUCCAGUGCCAACAUCAACUCAGAGAAUGAGAAGCUUCUGAAGGCGGUCAUCGUGGCCGGGCUCUACCCCAAAGUGGCCAAGAUCCGGCCCAGCCUGCACAAGAAGAGGCCCAUGCCAGUGAAGGUGUACACUAAGGCUGAUGGAAAGGUGUGUAUCCAUCCUAAAUCUGUCAACGCAGAGGAGACUCAGUUCCACUAUACCUGGCUCAUCUAUCACCUGAAAAUGCGAACCAGCAGUAUCUUUCUCUACGACUGCACAGAAGUCUCCCCGUUCUCUCUACUCUUCUUUGGAGGGGACAUCUCCAUCCAGAAGGACCAGGAGCAGGAGACCAUCGCCGUGGACGAGUGGAUCGUCUUCCAGUCUCCUGCACGGAUUGCUCAUCUGGUCAAGAACCUGAAGAGGGAGCUUGACGUGCUGCUGGAGGAGAAGAUCAGGCAGCCUCGUCCUGUGGACUGGGACGACCGCGGCUCCAGCGACUGUGCCGUCAUCUCCGCCAUCAUCGACCUCAUCACAACGCAGGAGAGCCCCAGCGAGGCACCUUGGCAGGAGCGGAGCUGGAAGGCUGGCCAGCACUGGGACUGAACCAACCAGCUCGGCCUGCUCCAUGCAUCUGCACGGGGUCCUAGAGCCAGCCAGAUUAGCGGUUUUAAAGGCGCAAUGAGUGGAAUUUAUUUUUUAAAGAGGCGAUGGAAAAACAAAACAGGCUAAUGAUGAGUGAAAGCAAACAGUUAGCACUAAUCAUACCAACACCUGCCCUACAGCUUUAUGAACUGUUAUCCAUGCUGGUCUUUUUGGGGUAGUGUGUUCCUUUUAAGAAUACAAUUCUAGGUAGAUCGACCAGAAGGCAGCCAGUGAGCGUGUAUGGACAACAUAGACGCUAUUUCUGCAGUGACCAGCACCCAGGUCCUGUUCAUUCCUCCAAAUUUGCAGCUUUGCGAUCUUUUUCUCCAAAAGAUCUGACCAGUUCUCAUUUAUGUCUCGGCGUGUAACCACCUUCCGCCCUGGUGAAGUAAACGUCAGCUUAGAGUACGCCUCAAUAUGCAGGUUCAAGUUUCACAACACCAAUAAUGCACCUUUACAUUCACAAUACAAAAGCCAUAAGUGAGCGGAAUCACACAGUAAUGGUAACCAGUACAGAGAAAUGUGUUUUGUGCUUGUCGAGGCUGCUAAUGACCGAUCGACCGCUCCUGUUCCAGGACAGUGGAAGAAUUAAAAGUUGGGGGUUUUUUGGUCUUAGGAAUUGUUUAUUUUUGUUUGCCUUUGCACUGUUUUUGUUUAUCCCACCUCCAUGAUCAAUUAAAGCUCCCAUUACGCUAUGCUACACA